CACCUGAUUGCCGCGGCCUGUUUACUUGAGCUGGCAAAAGUCGAAGCCAGGCUGCCGGAGGAAGAGAUUGUGAAUUUCGCGAGCUUUAACAUCAUCCGGCAAACCGAAGAUGAACAGCGUGUUGAUCCCGUUACGAUCAAUAGUUGCCGUAGGUAAGGGCUGAGGUUGCUGUAAGUGGCUGUAAGGAUCGUACACCGACGGGCAGUCAUCGAUUCAAAAUCUGAGCUGAAGGGAAACACAAAUUUCGACGAAUAAUUACACCGGAAGGAGGCGGUAAGAAAAUAGAGGAGCCCAAAUGCCCCAUUCGUACCAAAAGCCCAUUAUCGUUUCGGAAUGAAAACGGGUCAGGCUAGACCCGGACCAAAAGCAUCAGAAACCUAAAAGAAAACAAAAUUGAACAGAGCAGUCAUAUGAGGGGGGGCUAUGGGGGUGAAAGAGUUGAGCUUUUCUGUUUACUCGACGAUUGAUGGCCGAAAGUUGGGAUUCUGAUUUUUGGGUCCAGAAGGAUUCGGCAAAAUGUCUUGGUCAAGCCUUGCUAGGGCUAGGAGCUUUCAUCAGUAUGUCGUUACACCUUACCUGAAGUCGCUUAGUCAAACAAAUUCCUUUCACAUUCAGUCCAGCUCCACCAGAGCAAGCAGCAUUUACUACAGCAACGCCGACCGUUGUGGGUUGGAGGGAUUUAGGACGGCAGCGCAAAUUAGCAGUAAUAGUAGUUGCAGUGUUAAGCGGUAUUUUGCUACAACUGCAGCUGGUAGAUCUUCAGCUGCUACCGAGCAGAAGUCGAGGAAGACGUUGAUGUAUCUCACUGGAUUGGUAGCCGUAAUGGUGGGGUGUACAUAUGCUGCUGUUCCUCUUUACAGGACCUUUUGUCAGGCAACUGGUUAUGGUGGAACUGUACAGCGCCGGGAGACUGUUGAAGAGAAGAUUUCACGGCAUGCUAAAGAUGGAACUGUGGCAACAAGAGAGAUUGUGGUGCAGUUUAAUGCUGAUGUGGCUGAUGGAAUGCCGUGGAAGUUUAUUCCAACACAAAGAGAGGUGAGAGUAAAGCCAGGAGAAAGUGCCCUUGCAUUUUAUACAGCUGAGAAUCGCAGUUCAGCUCCAAUAACUGGAGUAUCUACCUAUAAUGUUACUCCCAUGAAGGCUGCUGUAUACUUCAACAAAAUACAAUGCUUUUGCUUCGAGGAACAACGUCUACUUCCGGGAGAACAAGUUGACAUGCCUGUCUUCUUUUACAUAGACCCUGAGUUUGAGACGGAUCCUAAGAUGGAUGGGAUCAACAACAUUAUCUUGUCCUACACUUUCUUCAGGAUUCCAGAUCAAUAAAUCUUGCAGCAUGAGAGGUUAUUGUUUGUACAUCUAGAUUCACAAUUUUUUUCCUGGACCGAAAUUCUUAGGAGCCAACUCAUGCAUGGUAACUUAGUUCCAUUAAAGAUAAUUCAGUACGAGACUGAUGUAUGUAUGAUCAAAAGAACAUAUAGAGAGCUCUGAAUUUUGAUGAAGUAGAGGUGUAUUAUUAAAAUACAUGCAUUUCACUCACCACCACAGUGUAAGUGGCAGGCAGGAAAUGUUGAUAAUAAGCUCACUUUUUUCUCGAGUGAUUUGAAGUUGGAAGAAAUUCAAGCUGAUCAACACUUACGGAGAUAAUAAGGUAGACACUGUAUACUAUGGAUCAAUACUACAGUAUAGUAUAUACAAGUCACUCGCUCCAAAUUGGAAGGCAUUUGUUUCGAAUUUCAGUUAAAUCUGUAUGCAACUCUCGUGCCUCAUUAGAAAGGUCAUUAUAGCAUCCUUCAACAAAUUGGAUUCAAGCCUCCGCACUUGGGAAAGAUGAAAUUUUCAAGACUGAAAUUAAGGUCCAUUUAGUUUUCAAACUCUCUGUGGGCGAUGCGAAGGUGACAGUGGUUAAAAGUUUUGAGUACAGUCGAAUGAUGUUUGUGAAAUGCAAAUUGGAUGAUAUUUUGGUUCAGCGUAACAAAUUUGCAAGACUUGAA